ACUCUGACUCAUGACUGCAUAGAUAUGGACGGAACUUUACCCACACUGUGACGCUAUUUGUUUCCCACCCUUUUUUUUCACUCGUCACCAAAGUUGCCCGUGUUUUUCUUCCUAAAAUGCGUCUCCGGGUCCCGGGACCCGCCGUCCUGAGAGCCGCGCUGCUGCCGUGGCUGCUCGCCUGUGUCGCUCAUUCUCCAGUCUCAUCCAUCACAGUGAACACUCCAGCAGAGCUGCAGGCAUCUAAAGGGGAUGCUGUCGAACUGUCGUGCACAUUCACCUCCACAAGCAGGCCAACCAGUAAGAUGACCGUUGACUGGUCUUAUAGACCCCAGACUGGAGGUCCGCCAACGUCGAUAUUCCACUUCUCCUCUCGGGUGUUUCCUCCAUCGGGCGGUCAGUUUGCAAAUCGCGUCCUGUGGCAGGGAAGCCCAGCGCGUGGCGAUGCCUCCAUCUCUCUGAUUAACGCAACGCUGGCUGAUAACGGGACCUACACGUGCUCCGUCAGGAACCCUCCCGAUGUCCACGGGUCCCCCACCUCACACACUGUACUCACCGUCACGCCAAAGGCGCCCAGCAUUCGCUUCUCCGACGUUGCAGUCCUCCUCGCCUUCGUCCUCCUCCCCUCUGGCAUCAUCACCCUCUUCCUGAUUGGAAGGAUGUUCUGUCCCAAGGAACGGCGUAACCAAUCAAAGGCCCACCGAUCCCCCAUAGAGGUCACGGAGGGGGAGGAAGACGUCAUCCACUUACAGGCAGCCAAGGAGAGGAGGACCAUGUGCUGUGAACUAUAUCUGACGGACUCGGAGGAUGAGGCGGAGCACUACAUCCAGAAAAAGAGGCAUCCCAAUGAUGAAGAAUAUGCUGAAUCUCAGUUCUAGAGAGCCCUGCUGCUGAGGGGAUGCAACUGCAUCCUCCGGACACACUAGUGCCUUGAAAAGAGAAAGGGGGGAAAAGGGAGGUACUGAGUAGAAAUCCUUACUGGAUUCUCAUCCUCUAGGGAGCAGUCCAGCUUGAAUUCAAGUUGGAGAAGGUGUCUACGUUUAUGGAGACACUUUAAAAAUGUGCUCUUUAACACAACAAGAUGAGCAAAUAUUAGAUUUAGUUUUUGUCAGCUGCUUCUAUGAAAACCCCCAAACAACAGUGCACUGUUCCUUUUGUCUUUUUGUUUACUAGUGAGCUGCGGGAAAAUAAAAAUCUGAGUUCCUGACAUUGUGACAGGGACACGAUAUAUUAUCUGUUUAUUCUGUCAGCGCCAAAGCUGGUCCUGUUGGAUCCGGUAUGAGCUGACCCAACACACGCUGAGGCGGGCCAGAAAAAGAGCACUGUAUAUAUUUUUGUAUCAUUUGAUGAUUUAAUUACCUUGUCUAACUUUCAUAUUGGAUACUUUUUGUGUAAUUUAUUGCUUUCGUCAGAGCAGCUGUGUGUAUUCUGUGUUGCAGGAGCUGUAGCGAACAUUUCUGUCCUGUCCUCAAGAUGAGGAGAGGAAAUAAAUGACUUAAUUUUGAACAUUA